GUGUCCCUCCUGACAUGGAUUAGGUGGUCACCCUACAUCCAGCACUCACCUUCCCUCUCACGCCAGGUUCUUACCUUCAUCACCUUCGUGUGCUUCGUGGCAUCCUCCGCGGCAGUGUUCACGACGGCCCCCCUCGUCGAGUUCCUCAUGGCCAUCUUCUUCUACUUUGCUUACUCCACCAAGUUCAAUGAGCGGUUCAAGGACUUCUACUGGCCUCUGGUGGAUUUCCUGCGUUGUGUUACUGCCUCCAUCAUCUACUUCAUCAUCUCCAUAAUUUCAGUCUCCAAGUACUCGGGUGGGGCCUCCAGCGCAGCUGGGGUUUUUGGGUUCAUAGCCACCAUUGUUUUCGCCAUAGAUUUCUAUUUCAUCUUCAAUGACCUGGCCACCUUCCUUAAGCAAGGCAGAACACCCGAUGAGGAACCGCAAGCAGCAAACGACUCUGACUCCGAUUCAGACUGAGCCUGACCGCCGAAGUAGCCGAUGGGAAAAGGAGAAGCCAUGAGACGUCUUCAUCGUUUGAUUUUAGGAAUCUCCUCGUCCGGCUUGAAGAACAAACACAAACUUGGGCAUUCUACCACUGGCCUUUCAAACCCUGAACCCUAUCAGAUAAAGUGUUUACGUCUGUUUUUUCCUAAGAUACUUAUCUAAGGAUUUUUAUGUUUACUUGCUUUUUUCCUCUUUUUGCAGUUCCUUUCAUGCUGUGAACAAUUUGCAGUAUUGAGGCCACACUGUACGUUUGCUUCCAGUGUGGUCAUUUUACCCGCAGCUGUCAGAGAGCUGAGCCCCAGGCACGUAACACUAACCUUUACAUACCUGUCUGAAGCCUUUGAACCCCAACUGUGAAACCAGCAAGUCAGCCAUUCACUGCGUAUGCAAAUGGGCAUAUGUGGAUGUCACUGGAUAUCUUCUGAAUGUUCCCCCAAGAUGGGUUUAAUGAUACUCAGCAUUUUCAACUGACUGCAUAAAGAUGGCUUGUCAUCACAUAAAGGUUUUAUGUUUUUCAUAGCGGGGAGCAGAAGAUGUGGUGACAUUUCAGUUGAAUCUUUGGCUUUGCGUCACAAAACUAACCCUUUAACAUGUGUGGUCUUGAAUCACAUUUCUCAACGUAUUCCGUUUUGUUUCCAGACAUUUAUUACUAUGGAUACUCCUGCCUCUGACAAUCAUUCCUUUUUUGUAAAAUGAAAAUUACUAACAGCCUCAGCUGUAAAAUAAUUAUGCUUUACAUUCACAUGAAAUGGAUCGGGUUGCACUUUUCACUGGCCAGAAAUUACGCAGAAGCUUUCACCUUUCAUGCCACUUGGGGAAAGACCACUAACAGCUGUAAUUCUAUGCAAUAGAUUUCGAAAGACUCUGACAUAUGCUUCUGUAUUUCAUUGCAAAUAUAUGUGGGAGCAGAUUUAGUCUUUAGGAACCUUUGGAUGGUUUACCUAGUUGCACUGCAUUUGGCGCACUGGCGCCCCUGGGAUCGCAGUGCAAUGCAUGCUGACCAGCAGUGCCGAUUGUGCGCAAGAGGGAAGGCUGCAUUCUGUCGAUGCAAGUGACAGUUGCAGCCCUGACAGCUCAUCCUGCUGGACGCGAAUGUUCAGACACAAACAAUAAACACCUGACGUUUUCAUCAA